AUGCUCUUCACAGCCACCAUCGCAAGCUGGCUUCUCGCAGCCAGCUCCGUCUACGCUUCCACCCCAGCCACAAGCUUGAAAUGGCACUGGCUCAACAAUCCCGGCGUUCAGCCCGUCUCCCCAAUCGGCCGCUCCAUCACCGUCCAAGUCCCUCCCGACACCGACAUCUGGCGCCCAGCCAUCUCCAAGCACAACUUCACGGCGCCGUACCUCUACACGACCGUCGCCAUCGCACACUUCCAGAGCGUCCAAGUCACCGUCACCGCACCCUGGAAGACGCUCUACGACCAGGGCGGCCUCGUGCUCGCCUUUCCAAACCGCCACAACCCCAACGCCACGCGCUUCAUCAAGGCAGGCAUCGAGUUCAACGACGGUGCCCCUGCGUUGGGCGUCGUCGCGACGGAUAUCCUCUCCGACUGGAGUCUCAGCCCCAUCACGGAGAAGCAGACGACGGCUGAUGCAAAGGCUACGAUCCUGGUGGAGAGAGACGGCACGGACGCGUGGGUGUAUGUGGUAGAGAAUGGAGGACAGACGAGGCGGGCGUUGAGACAGGUGACUUGGGCGUUUAACCAGGACGAUGGUCAGGGACUGGCGAGGGAGGUUGAGGUUGGCAUCUACGGCGCAAAGCCGACGGAGGAGUCGGGCGAGGGACAUGCGAGGGACAAGAUUGCUGUGACGUUCUCGGGAUUUGCACUCAACAUCGUGUGA